GCAAAUUGUUUCCGAGAAGCUAAGCUAAGCUAACUAAACCCAAAAGCUCUCUUACGCUGAAACCCUAAAACCCCUCUUUCUCUCACUCUCGCAUGGAUCUUUCCUCUCCUUUUCCUUCCAAACCCUAAUUUUUGCUACUGCUUAUUUUUAUUCAUCGAUCCUUCGCCCCCCAAAACACUCAAUCACACUCUCUCCUUCUCUUCUCUGAUUCUCGCUUCAGACAACUCUCCACACGCGUUUAUCUUAUUAUCUCUAGGGCUAUAUCAUUAUUAAAAUUUUCUGAAGUGUUUGACUUGUGUUAAGUUUUGAGUAUAAUGGCUUCUUCCUUGGAUAUGUCGCUUGAUGAUAGAAUAAAGAACAGAAGUAACAGAGGGAGAGGUAGAGGAGGACGUGGUAGAGCCCAUUCUGGCCGUGGACCAAGUGGCGCUCUUAAUGGUGGAAGAAUGGCUGGUGCUGUUAGUAGUAGAAGAAUGGCUGGUGCUAGUAAUGGUGGAAGAACAACUGGUGCUGUUCGUAGAGGUCCUCUUAUGGUUAACACUCGGCCGUCAUCGUAUGCUAUUGCCAAGUCUAUUCGCAGAGCUAGGCCCUUUCCAUGGCAGCAUGAUUUGUUUGAAGAUAGCUUAAGAGCUGCUGGGAUUCAAGGAGUAGAAGUUGGCACCAAGUUGUAUGUUUCCAAUUUGGACCAUGGAGUGACCAAUGAAGACAUAAGGGAACUUUUCUCUGAGCUUGGAGAGUUGAAGCGUUUUGCUGUUCAUUAUGACAAAAAUGGACAUCCAAGUGGUUCAGCUGAAGUCGUUUAUACUAGAAGAAGUGAUGCAUUUGCUGCUCUUAAACGAUAUAAUAAUGUACUUUUGGAUGGAAAGCCCAUGAAGAUUGAGAUUGUUGGUUCCAAUUCAGAAUUGCCUAUAAGUGCUCGGGUGAAUGUCACUGGGGUGAAUGGGCGCAGGAAGAGGACUGUUGUAAUGACGCCUAGAGGUGGCCAAGCUGGAGGUGGUCCUACUAUGCCUAAUCGUGGUGCUGGUCGGGGACGUCGAGGUGGCCCAAGGAGUGGCAGUGGACGUGGUGGAGGUGGUGGUCGAGGCCGUGGUCGCGGCAGCAGGGGUGGUGGUGGAGGUAGAGGUCGUGGAAGAAAGGAUGCUGUUGAGAAGUCAGCGGAGGAACUUGACAAGGAGCUGGAGACCUAUCAUGCUGAAGCCAUGAACAUCUCUUGAUCUUGGAAGCCGCAGUUUAUUUUGUAAUAUCACUUAAGAUUGGCUUCCUUGUACAAAGCUGGUUUCCUUGGCGUUUACUUUGAAUCUCUUACUGCUUGGUGCUUUUAAACAUGCCAUCUUAUUUGACCGCAUUUAAGUAAUUGUUAGAGGCUGAAUGAUCUACUUGGGGAUUUUUGAAGUUCAGAGAUAUAGAUUGUAGUUUGAUUUGCGUAUCAUUAUUUUAUGUUAUUGCUGCAACCUGCAAUUGUCUUC